GUCUAAACCCACAGGACCCACUACGGAGCAGCGUUUUUCGCUGCGAUCCAUCCAGAAUAAACAAACACACGUUACCAUGUCUGUUAGAACGCUGCAGCACAUCCCCACAUUAGCCCAGGCUUUUGUGGCGGCGAACAUCCAAGCUCCAGAUCCUCCAGCCGCACACCACAAUCCGAUAUUGCUUCGCCAGAUAUCCAUAUGGCAAGGCGACAUAACUAAACUGGAGGUUGAUGCCAUCGUUAACGCUGCCAAUCGCACUCUGCUUGGUGGUGGUGGUGUGGAUGGUGCUAUCCAUCGGGCUGCAGGUCCACGUCUUCUUAACGAAUGUCAGGCUCUGGAUGGAGCAGAGACUGGCGAAGCCAAGAUAACCUCGGGCUAUGACCUCCCUGCUCGCCAUGUAUUGCACACAGUUGGGCCAGUCUAUUCCAGGUCCAAGGAUGCGGAAUGCGCAAGAUUACUUGCCCUGUGUUACAGAAAUUGUUUAAACCUUGCAUAUGCCAAAAACAUCAAGUCUAUAGCGUUCCCAUCUAUCUCCACUGGAUUAUAUGGAUACCCCAUUCGUGACGCAACUCACAUUGCUAUGACGGAAACGAGGAAAUUCCUAGACAGUCCCCAGGGUCAAGACAUAGAACGAGUCGUUUUCGUCGUCUUUUUAGACACUGACAAGGAUCUUUAUGAUACCCUGGCCCCUUUGUAUUUCCCGCCUUCUCCCCCUCCACCAGCUUACAGUGAGGCGGACUAGUGGACUCAUAGUGCCCGGAACCCCUUAUUCAUGACCGAGGCGCGAAGACCCAUGUUCUGUUGUAUGCACAACCAACUACGAUAUGAUUGUGAUAUUUGGCUGUGAAUGGCUACGUUUUACUGCUCCACCUGUGAGACACUCAUGAGCUUCUCCAGUUCUUGCAGCGGCAAGGCUGAAGGUGAGACAUUCUGCCUUGCGCUUCAAUGAGAAUGCUCCCCUUCAUCGCCCGCCUAACUAUUGCGCCUCG